ACCACAAUGCUUUAUUUUUCCACGCUGAUUCUCCUACAAAAGUCAGUCAACCAAAACAAGAUAAAUCACUUAGCUCCUUCCCUGCACACAAAGGAGUGAUUCUUGAAAUCUGAAGAAAUCCAUCCUGGAAGCACUAGUGCUUUACAUAUCAGUUACUCCUCGAAAAUGAACUUCUCAUUAGUUUGCUUGUUCAUGUUAGGCCUGGUAGUCCAAGGACUAGAAUUUAAUAAAUGCCUGGAAGAAAGGUGUGGCCGAGGCCUAGUCAUUCGAUUCCCAUUCCUGCUAAUAGAAAAACAGCCAGAGGAGUGUGGCUAUCAUCAUGGGUUUGAUUUAUCUUGCAAAGAGGGGAAACAUGCAGAGCUUCAACUGCCAAAUUCUGUGAAACUCUACGUCCAAAGAAUUGAUUAUGUAAACCAGGUGUUUUUUGCAUCUGACCCAGAUGGCUGUCUACCAAGGAAGGCUAGAGACUUCAAUCUUUAUAAUUCUAAUUUCCAAUUUGCUGCAGAGACAAAUGAUUAUGCCUUGUUCAGUUGUCCAGCGUCAAAGAGAGAUUUAGAAGAACCAUUGACUUGCCUCGGAGGUCCUGCCGGCAAUAAAGUUUAUGCCUUCAAUUCUCAUGAUACAAUUGAUCAGUUGCCUCUGACAUCUUGCACCAAGAUGUAUAAUGUUUCAUCGGUUCCAGAAGAAAUGUUCGAUAACUCGAAUAUUAUUCGUUUGAAUUGGUCCGAACCAACGUGUAAAUUCUGUGAAGAGCAAGGUAAACAUUGUGGCUGGAAGAAUAGUAACCUUGCAUGUUUCGACUUGCCCAAAACAUCAGGUAUCUUGACCAGGGUACGGAUUGCAGGUAUAGUCCUAGGUUCGUUUAUGCUGCUACUAUUGUCCGCAGCACUCUGUCAUAUUUACAAUACUAAUAGAAAAGAAAAGGAAAACCAAGCCAGGAUAGAGAAAUUUUUGGAAGAUUACAAAGCUCUCAAGCCCACAAGAUACUCCUAUGCUGAUCUAAAGGGGAUUACAAACCAAUUUAAGGACAAGUUGGGCCAGGGAGCAUAUGGCACAGUGUUCAAGGGAAAGCUUUCUACUGAGAUUCUGGUGGCUGUGAAGAUCCUCAACAGUUCGAUGGGGAAUGGAGAAGAGUUUAUUAAUGAAGUGGGAACAAUGGGAAGAAUCCACCAUGUUAAUGUUGUUCGCUUGGUUGGAUUCUGUGCUGAUGGAUUCAGAAGAGCUUUGGUUUAUGAGUUCUUACCAAAUGAAUCGCUAGAGAAAUUCAUAUUUUCGGAUGAUGGUAACAACCGUUCCCUUGGCUGGGAGAAGCUGCAAGAUAUUGCUGUUGGGGUUGCCAAGGGGAUUGAAUAUCUUCACCAGGGGUGUGAUCAGCGAAUUCUCCAUUUCGAUAUCAAACCUCAUAAUAUUUUGUUAGAUGACAACUUCAAUCCAAAAAUUUCUGAUUUUGGCUUGGCAAAGCUAUGUUCCAAGGAUCAAAGUGCUGUAUCAAUGACUGCAGCAAGGGGGACUAUGGGCUAUAUUGCACCUGAAGUGUUCUCUAGAAAUUUUGGGAAUGUGUCCUAUAAGUCAGACGUUUAUAGCUUUGGAAUGCUGCUGCUAGAAAUGGUUGGAGGAAGGAAAAACAUCGACGUUAACGUGGAGAAAACUAGCCAAGUCUUCUUCCCAGAGUGGAUAUAUAAUCAUUUGGAUCAAGGACAGGAGCUAAGAAUCCGGAUUGAGGAAGAAGGAGAUGCUAAAAUUGCAAGGAAACUCACAGUUGUUGGAUUAUGGUGCAUUCAAUGGUACCCUGCAGAUCGUCCCUCGAUGAAAGUUGUUGUUCAAAUGUUGGAAGGAGGAGAUGAUUUAACAAUGCCGCCUAAUCCUUUCGCCUCUGGAGGUCCCAUGAAGACUGAUGCAGGCAUGCGUGGGAGACGUCUGUACCAAGAGUUAGAAGUCAUCACUGAAGUGGAGUGAUCAAAAUCUCGUUGUUGUUGUCCUGUAUCUUGAGCAAAUUCUGGUUGCUGUUAUAGAUGUUCUCCAUUUGUCUACUAAAUGCUUGUUUAGGAAAGGUUAUUAAGGUUUCUGUACAAUGUAAGCUUAGUAGGGUGUAAGAUUAUUAAGCUUCCUGUGUUGAUGUACGUUUGUUUAGUAGGAUGUAAUUAAGCAUAAUGAAAUAUAAUCGCAUAAAAUUGUAUUAGUA